AUGGUCGUCCUCGUUGCGCUUGUCGUUGCGCUCAUCCCGCACGCGCUCGCUGUCUCCAUUCCGGCCAAGCGUCAGUCAAUCACGACCUUAUCUUCGGCACAAAUCGAUACUUUCACGCCGUACUCGAACUUUGCCGCCGCGGCGUACUGCACAGCGGCUCAGACGGCGGAUUGGGGUUGUGGAUCGCUUUGCGAGGCAAACUCAGGCUUCGUAGUCCAGGCUUCCGGCGGAGACGGAGACGGUACUCAAUUCUGGUAUGUUGGAUACGACCCGUCCCUCAAGGAGGUCAUCGUCGCGCACCAAGGAACCGAUCCGGACGAACUUAAGGCCGAUUUGACCGACGUGAACAUCAUCCGAGGAAAGCUGGACUCUACCCUUUUCCCUGGCAUCUCGUCUUCCAUUACUGUGCACGAAGGUUUUAGGAAUGAGCAGAAGAAGACCGCAUCCAGUGUACUGGCCGCAGUGAAGGCCUCAAUGUCUGCGCAUGCUACCAGUUCUGUAACUGUGGUCGGACAUUCUCUCGGUGCUGCAAUUUCACUCAUCGACUCCGUCUUCCUAACCCUAAACUUGGGUUCGGAUGCUACCAUCAAGUACAUCGGUUAUGGUCUUCCCCGAGUCGGGAACCAGGCCUUCGCCGAUUACCUGGAUGCAAACAUAGACGUCACUCAUAUCAACAACAAGGAAGAUGAUGUUCCCAUCGUCCCUGGUAUGUUCCUUGGAUAUCAUCAUCCUUCGGGGGAGAUCCACAUUCAGGACUCCGGUGCUUGGGAUUCGUGUCCUGGGCAAGACAACGAGUCGGCCCUGUGUACAACUGGGGACGUAUCAAGUAUCUUCACAGGCGAUGAGGAUGACCACGACGGUCCAUACAAUGGGGUAUACAUGGGCACCGUCGGAGCCGAACUGUGCACGGGCCCUUGA